AUGACCAGGCGGGACGCGAUCGGUUGCCGUGGCUCCGGGGGCGGUGGCCCCAAGGCUGCUCCAAUCACCGUCCAGCCCUGGGAUGGGGGCGUGGACGAGCCCUGGAAAAGUUACAGCCGAUUCCAAAGCGCCUCCUUCGCCGCCUUGCGGGGGCGGCACUGGGGACGGCAGCUGCUGCCCACGCCGAGAUCUGCUGCUCAGGACUGUUGGAAGUGGCGGAACCUCUGUGUCUCGCUGGUGCACAGCCUGCUCACUGGGGCCAAGGAGCUGCUCGGGCUGUUGCUGUACCCUCAGAUGGCCACCGACCGGAUUCAUGCCACCCACUCCCGGCCCGGGUGGUGGUAUCUGUGGGUCGUGAGCUGCCUCAGCACCACCAGUCUCUCUGGCCACUACGUAGGCUUCUCCGUGAUGUCUCUGCUUCUAGAGCUGAACUCUGCCUGCCAGCACCUAUGGAAGUUGCUGCUGCUUUCUCACCAGGCCCCAUCCCUGGCCUUUAGCAUGGCCAACUGUGCCACCCAUACCCUCUUCUGCCUGGUGCCGUUGGGGUGGAUGAGUCUGUGGCUGAAGCAGAUACCAACUGCUCUGGUCUUCUUUGGUGGAACUGGGCUGGUCACUUUGGGUGCCAUGAUCAUCACAGUGGGUAUCUGCAUUUUGGUCAAUAAUGUCCUUCAGUCUCACCCCCAUCCACCCGUCCGUGGGUACAAGGAAACCAGGGCCACCAGGACAUGUCGUGAUGGUGAGCCUGUCAUCAAAGAUGAUUCCACUCUCAGCCUGAAAGACUAG